AUCGACACACCCCCUCAAGUGUGGACAAUUCUGGACAAAGCUAUAAAUAACAUUUAUAAUAAAAUCAUACCCUUAUCCUGUUCUUUUGGUAAGAUUAAAUGAUAAGUAAGGAAAAAACGCAACAUGAUGCUCUUGAAUAUCUUCUUUCUGAUGCUGCCGUUUUCUGCGGCUCAUUCGUGGGUCGAAAGGCUAAGGCGUCUCGACUUGAAUGGAACCAUGGUUGGAGAUGUGGGGUUUAUGCGUGGCGCUAUGUCACGACUUGAUCCUGCCUUUAACGACUUAAAGCAGCAGUAUCUACUGCCACCGCCUGGUCGAGACGAAAAUUUAGGAAUUCUUCCUUCCGAUCUGAUCUGUCGGGACACCCAACAGGCAGUGGGGCAAUUUAACGCAGCCUAUCCUCCACUAAAGGCGUGGCCCGGCGACCUGGUAGCCUUACAAUACCAGGAAAAUGGGCACGUUACCCUUCCUGAAAACACGCCGCAGAAACCCAAAGACUCGACCAUAUUUAUCUACGGUACUAUGCACCCUUCUCCAGACGAUCGGCUCCUCUCUAUUCACCGUGUCUGGAACGCGGAAGGUACAGGAGGAGACAAGAGGGGGUUGCUCUUAACCACUCGAUCUUUCGACGAUGGUAGAUGUUACCAGAUCAAUAGCGGACCGAUCUCCGUAGCACGCCAGAAAGCUUACGUCAAGGUGCCUGCAGACCCUCAGGGGGCCGACCUCUGGUGUCAGAAUGACCUGCGGCUUCCUACGAACAUCAGGGGUAAUUACACGCUCUACUGGGUCUGGGAAUGGCCGUCUAUCCCUACUAACACGACCCCCAAUGGCCGUAUGGAGGUUUAUACUAGUUGCAUGGAUCUACAGAUCCUACCGGGCAUUCGAAGUGGGUCUGUCUCGUUCGAAAAAGGUCAAGAUAUGAACUGGGCCGGGAUUGAAGAGCAAAUGGUAGCAAGUGAAAUGGUAUAAUUGGUUCUAUAACGUAGGCUCUCUUAUUUCAGUUUUGAAGCAGGCUUCUUAAUCAAAGUAUCUCAUCUACUGGAAAUCCCUCGUCUGAAUUCAUGCUAAGGCAUACAAACUCUU